AUGGCUUCGCAGGUCAACCCCCGAUAUACAGAGUUAGUCGAUUCUGUCCGCGAAAAGUCGCAUUCGAUAUACAAUAAUUCUGACCCCCACAACCCUCAUGUAUAUCUGGAUCGAGGGAAGGUUUAUGCGCAGUUAGGUUUUUACGACCUCGCUGCUGCAGAUGCAUAUCGCGCUUUGACGCUUUUGGAAGGCGUUGUUGACCCUGAUUGCGCUGAGUAUGUUGCGCGACGCAGGUUAUCAUCGUCCCGACAGAGCAAGCGGGAGACUGCAGAUGGUCUUGAACCUAAUGAUAAUGAUGAAGAUGUGGAUGAUGAUGAUGAUGACCUUGUCGAUAUUUCGCGCAACGAGUAUGAUGAGACUAUUGCAGAUGUCUAUUUCCUGCUCGUGCAGAGUCUUACUCGCUGUGGGUGUCUGCGUGAUGCACACGAUUUCCUGACUAGGGCGGUGGAGCAUCUUCAAUCCUUGGACAAAGAGACAUCUUCACAACGAUACGAUCAAGUUAUUUCACGACUCGACGGAGAAGUUGUCAAUGAAAUAAAGCAGCACCAAAGAAAAGCGGUGGGAAAAGACAAGGAAGAGAAAGACUUAGACCCGGCCUCCCUUCCUGGACAGGGUUAUGCCCGCCGAAUCCUCUACCCAUGGAACCAGCAUGAGCCAGAUCGUAACGCCCCUGAGACACUUUCACUGCUCAACAAGCGAUUAGAGAGCGUAGCCCCUGACUGCGAAGUUAGAGCCGUCUCUCUGCCUGUCCUCCACGAGCCAAAGAACUCUGCCCAAGAAGAAAACAACGAAAGAGCAAACGAAACGUCAAUAAUCCAACUCGGUCUCUUCGCAAAACGGGAUCUGUUACCAGGAGAAACCAUCCUACGCGAAUCAUCGCUCCUGACCGCAACAAACAGACUACACGACGAUCUAUGUGAUGCCUGCAACGGGCCACUGCCGGAGCUGCAGACUGGUUCGGAAAGUGCUGAACAGGCUGCAGUCGCGUGCCAGGAAUGCGACGAUACUAUAUUCUGCAGCCAGGCCUGCCACGAUCAGGCGCAGGCUGUUUACCAUUCUGCUAUCUGUGGCCAGGAAGGUCUGCAGUCGCUUGGCAAGGAUGUGGCCGAUCCGAAGGAUAAGGCGGAUUACCUGUACUUCCUGCUCCUCGGUCGAGCACUCGCCAUGGCUGCCACACAGGAUCUACAUCCGUUGGAUUUACCAGAGGUGAAGUAUAUAUGGGGUGAUUUCCAUGAGUAUAACCCCGACGACAGCAACGAGCAGGCAAAAGACCCUUCUGUCUCAUCAUCAUCAUCAUCGCUCCCGUUCUCCUUCCAACUCAAUAUCCUCCAGCCUAUGCGCUUCGUUGAGGAAAUGGGGCUUGAUCCAUUUACUACACUGGACAGAUACGACACGUGGAUUUUGAACACGCUAUAUGCGAAGUUCAGAGGCACCGCGUCUGGGCGUUUGUCAACGUGGGAUGGGGGACCGGAGGUGUGUGCUGUGCAUCCGUUGUGGUGCUUGGCGAAUCAUUCCUGUGAUCCGAAUGUGCGUUGGGAAUGGGGUGGGGAGAUUACGUUUAUGGUUCGGAGGGAUGAGGAGAAGGCUGUUUGGAGGAGGACGAGAAACCACAGUAGUGAUGAUGGUGAUGAUGAUGGGACGAGGCACCCCUCUCCGGCCAUUAUUCGUAAAGAUGAAGAGAUUUUGAAUCACUAUUGUGAUAUUGCGCUGGAUGUUAGGCAGAGGAGGGAAUGGGCUCAGGGUGCGCUAGGAGGACUGUGUCAGUGUGCAAGAUGUAAAUGGGAGGCGUCUUGA